AUGAACUUCUGCGCCAGUAGCGCACUAUGGUACACCAGAGCACUAACUCCUUGGCCCAUACAAUCCUUCAAUGCUUUGAACACGUUGAUGUUGUCCAAAACCGUGUUGGAGAACGGAUCUUCCUCGUACUCGUCGUCGUCCACGUCCAAAAGUCCAGAUUCUCUCUCCAAAAAUUGCAAUUGUAACUGUUUCAAUGCCUCAAACUCGAUGCUCAACAACGAAAAGAACCCUAAAACACUCACCUUGAGGUCGAAAACGUGCUUCAUCUUCGGAGCAAGCUUGAACCAGCUCAAGAUGAACGAUUCCAACGCUCCAGCCUCCAUCAGAGUCUGCACACACACAUUUGGGUUCACCACGAGCCCGGAAAUCACAACACCCAGCAAAGAGAUCUUGAAACUGUCCGACGAGUGCAUAGUGUCUUCCAAGGACAGUUUCUCCAGAAUCGUCUGCACCAAACGGCCACAGUACGGAGCAACCGACGACUUGUCCAGCGUUAGCACAAAAGUGGAUGCCAACUCGUCGGCUGCAUAA